UUUUGGCAGAGUAAUCAGUGUUAGCUGAGCUCUUUUGCUGAAUGAAUCCAAGUAACCCCCCUGUUUGUUGCCUUCUGAAAUGACCAGCGCACAUAAGUGUAUUGAGGCUGUGGUAAUGUAUGAAGUCCAAUUCUGAAACACCAUGUCAAAUGAAGGCAGCUCUGGUGAGCACCUUUCUACAACAACAGUCAGUUCAGUUGCUGUUCAGGCUGGAGAUUCCAGGAUUGUUAUCGCUAUACUUAAGUGCGGGAAAUGGGUGCAGCUUCAGCUGACUGAGUCAAUUCCAAAUGUAUUAGAAAUUGGCAGCAAUCAAGAUGAGACCAAAAAACUACUACAAGAUCAUGAACUCCUCCUGGCUAAACUUAAGUCUUUGGAAGAUCAAGUAUGGGACCUGUUACGUGAAGCAGACAAGACUGCAGAGGAAAACAAAGAGCAAAGCCAAGUGUAUGAUGCCAUGGCACAGACUCUAGGGGAUGCCUGGGAUGCCCUCAUCAUUAUGCUAGAGAAGCGAAGAACACUUCUGAAACUUACUGCAGUAUUUUUUGAAAAUGCUCUGGAGUUUGCUAUUAAAAUAGACCAAGUGGAGGAUUUCCUUCGGAAUGCCCAGGAGUUUGAGAACACGGAAUCUUUGAAAAAGCUCCUUCAUCAGCAUGAGCAUCACACAAAAGAGCUCUUGGAAAAGUCACUGGCCCUUUUAAACAAAAGCCAUGAGCUGACUGAAUUCAUAGAAGAAUUCAAAUCUGAUGGGCCUAAUGUAAACCCUGAGUUGAUUCAAGGAGCCCACAGCAGCUGCUUGAAAAUUGGCAGUCUCCUUGAACUGCUGCAAGACAGGAGAAGGCAACUGGACAAAUAUCUGAAACAGCAAUGCCAAGGACUAGAGCAGGUUCUGCAAAUUUGUCAUUGGCAUCACCAAGAAAACCAGGUAACAUCUUGGUACAGGAAAAAUAUAAGUGAUUAUCUACAUAAGCAAAAUCUAGGCUCAUCUUUAACAGAAAAUGAAGAGCUACUUCAUGAGCACAUGGAAAUGGAAUUCAAGGCUAAGGAAUGGAAUUCCACUGUGGAAAAAUUAAAAGCAGAAGCACUCAAGAUUCUGUUUUCAGAAGACUACGCAGAAAAGGAACAUCUGAAGCUUUCAAAUCAGAAAAUAAAUCUAUUGCAAGAAGAGUUGUGCCAUCGUAUGGAGGAAAGGAAAACCUUGUUACAAGAGGCCAAUGACUUCUUUAGUGCUGCUAACAAGGCAUUUGAUGUUCUUGGAGGUAUUGAAGCUUACCUUAAGCUCCUUAACUCAGAGGGUUUAAGUUUGCCUAUCUUGGCAAUGAAGCAUGAGGAAUUACAGGGAGAAAUUAAAGACUGCACAGCUGAUGCUUUGGAGAAGGGAAAAGCCUUAGUUAGUAAAGGAGAUUCCCACAGCUCUUGGAUGACUGGAAUUCAGGAAAUGAUAGAAUAUGUUCAGAAAAGAGUGGAUCAACUAAUCAGACAGUGUCCUGCUUACAAAGAACUUGCUUUAAAGAAACAAGGGCUCACUGCCUCACUAGAAGAUUAUCUAAAGAAGGUAUCAUUGUCAAUUAAAAAAGUCAGUCCGAUACUUGAAAUCAGUAUGGAUCCUGGUUCUUGUUUGACUGAGUCAGAGAAAGUUUUGAACGAAUACCUAGAACUGUCUAAUCAAGCUAAGGAAACAUCACAUGAACUGGAAGCAGCUGUGAGAAUUAUUAAUGAAGUGGAAGAAUUUGAACCUGCAGAGGUGGCAGCUUUCUCUAGCAAAGCUGAUCUUCUAAAUGAAGAACUGACAACACUUAACAAAAAUAUUAGUUCAAAACUAGAUGUUCUAAAAGCUUAUGUGGCAUUUUUAAAGUCAGCGAAGGAGGUAAAUGACCAAGCUCAAAGUCUGAAGGAAUUCUAUAAAUCUGAGCCUGUGCAAACAGAGAGUGAAGCUGAAAACAAGACUGUGAUUGAGUCAGCUGAUACUCAGUGGCCAAUCGUUUUAAAGAAGAUUCUUUCCACUCAAGAUAUGGGGCAUGAUUUUAUUCAUUCAUUAAAUAUGGUGAAUAAGAAUUUUAUAUUAAAGUUGGAAAACGUUGUGCAAGUAACUGAAGAUACUAUUGACAAACUAAAUAAAGAAAAGGAAGAGCUGACAGACCUGUGGACAACAUGGAAGCUCCAUAUCAAUCAAGAAAAGUCCAUCAAACAACAAUGUUGGAAAUUUAAAGAGCAAUUUAAAAAAACUACUCAUAACUUAAUGAUUCUUGAGGAGGCUCUCAGACCUGCAGCAGUUGACCUUGGGAGUAACCUUCAGAUUUUUUUAGAACUACAACAAAAAUUUAAUCAAAUGAAACAACAGUUUCAGCAACUAACUGCUGAGGUUGAAUACACAGUAAAAUUAUCAGAAUUGCUGACCCUAAAAGGAGUUCCUGUUAAAGAAAAUUCUGAGAAAGUAAGUGAGCUUACUGAUCUUCAUCAGAGGAUAAAAGAAAGGAUGACAGAAUAUGAUGAAAUCUUCAACAAGUCAGUCAAAUUCCAUCAUGUCAAAGAACAACUGGAAUGUCUCAAAAAAUCAGGAGAACUGGAGAUUCCUGAAACAAGUGAGAUCCCUGAUGAUGCACACCAAGCUAGAGUCCACCUUGCUAAUACUCAGGAAAAACAUGCGCAUAUUGGACAUCUGUAUAAACUGGCUCUUACCCUAGGAGUGGACAGCCUUUCUGCAGUGCAGCAUCCUAACUGCUUUAAUAUUUCUGUAAAGACUCUACAGCAGGAGCUUGCUACACUGGAGUGUGACAGCAUUAACUGGAGAACCAAAGCAGAUAAGUAUGAGGAGGAACUGUCACACAGCUUCCAGUACUGCACAAGUAGAGAAGAGAUAAAUGAGCUCAGAGAGUCAUUUAAAGAUCUGAAAAAGAAAUUCAACAACCUGAAAUUUAACUAUACCAAGAAAACAGAAAAAGCUCGAAAUCUGAAAGUUCUUAAGAUACAAAUUCAGCAGGUUGAAAUGUAUGCUGAAAAAAUGCAGAUUCUGAGAAAGAAGAUGGAUAAUUUAGAGAAGAAAGUUACUGGCUGUGUAAUAAAUCAUCCUGAUGGUAAAGCUGGUGUUCUCUUGGAGUCAGUCAACGAGUUACAGAAACAGCUGAGCGAAUUUGGCAGAGUUGUGGAGGAUUACAAGCAAAAUUUGGAUCGGAUUGAGCAUCUGCAGCAGAUGAUGGAAGAGUGUCAGUUUUGGUAUGAAGAAGCAAGUGCUACAGUUGUUAGAGUUGGGAAGUAUUCUGCAGAGUGUAAAACGAGGGAAGCAGUGGCAAUUCUCUACAAGCAGUUCAAUAAGUUUAUCAAGCCUAUGGUGCCUCAACAAGAGGAAAGAAUUCAGCAGAUUACUGACCUCGCUAAACACUUAUAUGGUUUUGAAGAAGGAAGGAAAUAUAUUGAGAGAACAAUAAAAAGACACAAAGAAGUUCUUGAUUCUAUUGAUGAAUUGUGUAUCUCUUUAAGAGAACUUGAAGAGCAGAUUGUGGAAGAUGUGUUAAAAGAAAAAACAUCUGAUACAGGUGGUUUUGCUGAGGAGUCAGCCACUAUACCAAGAAAACAAGAAAGAAACAGGCAGGAGACAUAUAAGGAAGUUACCAAAGCAAAGCAAGAGGAAGAGACGAGACUGGCUGAUAUUUCAGUUGUCUGCCCAGCUGGUGAGGAUUUCGUUUCACAGGAUAUGGCGCUGGCUCCUUCUGCCAAAGAGGAUAGUUUACAGGCUGAGCUGCUGGCAGAAGAAACGCCCUCCAGCGAGGAAUAUAAAUGUAGAUCACCUGAUGAUAGCUCUUGGCCCUUGCUGUCCGAGAUGCCUGAAUCCGACCUCCUGCAUUCUGAAGCUGAGCUGGGAGAGCAGCCCUGCUGUAGUUCUCCUAGUCUGCAUGUCAGCUCCUGUAGUUUGCAAACGCAGAUAAACUCUGGCAGUAAAGGAAUGACUGAUGAGUCUGAUCUCUUAACACCUGUUGCUUAUGCUGACACUUCAAAUCAUAGAAGGGAAACCACAUCAGAUGAGUUAGAGAGAUUGUUCCCAUCUACCAUAGAUCACUAUCCAAAAUUUGGAAUGGAAUCUCCUUUGACUUGUAGUUCACCAGACGUACCUGAAAACAUCACUGCUUCCUGCACAAUACAUGCAAAGCCUGCAUGUAGCAUGAUCAGUGAAGUGCGUGAGAGACAUAUACAACACAAUGAAGCUCACCAAAGCAUGACAGAAACACAAGAACAAUUGCAUGACAUUAAUAACUUUACUAAAACCCAGGAUAGACUGCAUGCUUUGCCUGAUGCAUUCUCAGGUCUCAUGUUUCAAUCAGACACCACCAGAAGCUGUCAGAGGCAGAUGGUCACCCAACAAGAGAUUAAAAGCGCAUCAGAAAAGAACAGCAUGGCCAGCCUAUCUGGACAGGCGCCUAACUUCUCCAAACUGCUGUCCAAUGUAACCGUCAUGGAAGGUUCUCCGGUGACUUUGGAAGUAGAAGUAGCAGGAUUUCCAGAGCCUUCACUGACAUGGUACAAGAAGGGCCAGAAAUUGACCGCAGAUGAGCACUUAAAGCUUUUACAAAAGGAGACAAAGCAUGCUUUGUUCAUUCAGAAGGUGUGUGAUGCAGAUGCUGGCCUCUAUGUUGUUCGGGCUAAAAAUUCUAGUGGCACUAUCUCAUCAAGUGCCAUCCUCCAUGUGAAAGACGCUCCUACAGUUGUCCUUAAAGAGUUCCAAGACUACCACCAGAUCAGCAGCAGACGUUCUGGAAGCCACUUCACACCUGCAGCGGAAGUAUUGGAGGAAGAGGAGCAGUAAAAGCCAUAGUUUGGUUGGCAAUUUGAGAAGCAGUUGAACCAGCAGGACUUUCAGACUCUAAAAUAGCUGUUCCUCAAUGGUCAUUCUGAUCCAAAUUUUCAAAGCCCCAUGCAGCAGACAAUUUGUGCAACACAGACUCCUAUUCCUAUACUACCUUGUGUUCUUUGGCCAACAUAGCUGGUGCCGUGUGCAUUUUGUAAAGCACAUCUGUGGUGCAAAGGUUUGGAAAAUUGAUACUUUAAGUGAAUGUCCUGUGCUCCCAGGUGAGUACUAGGCUUAUGCAUCACUUAAAUCCCACUGUAGUCCUGUUUUGGAAGCUUAAGACUUUGCUCUGGCCCUCUACAGAUGGGGGUGAACGUCACCCUUGCAGAAUAGGGACCCAAAUAACACAUUAGCAGCUGUCUCUCAAUCUAAAACCAUGAACAUAAAAAUCAACAAAGACAAAACCUAUAUGCUGUGAGUCCCCUAUAAUCAUCUUCAGUCAAUAAAUACUUUACUUGUAUAUCUUAUUCACACAGGUAUUGACAUUGGGUUAAAGGCCAGUGUUAAAUAUUUCAUUUUUUAAUAGCCUUUAAACCCAGAGAAUUGGAGUAUGGGCUAUUUAAUUACAUCUCACACAUAGACUGUAAAAUUAAAAUUGAUAAACACUUUAGUUCUGUAAUGUCUCUUAUCAGCUGGACUGUUUAUAGAAGUGGUGUUAGAAAUUGCAGGAUAACUAAAGUGAUUCUGUGAACAUGAAAUUGUGGCAUUUUAUGUCUAUUGUCCCUGAUUCCAUAGCCAAUUUGCUCAUUGAAAAAACAGAGGGUUUUUGUUUUUUUUAACUCCCAGACCUGCAGACACAGCUUGGGAUUUGAAAAUCAAGCUCUGUUUUUGCUUUUGGUCUAUUUUUUUUUCCAUUUUUUGUUCCCCCUCCUAAUCCUUAUCUGGUUUACACCUCAUGACUGUUGAUUAAGUUCCAGCUGUGGAUUUUUUAUUAACCAUGUGAUAGGUAAUAUAUGAAACAGAAUCCAACAUACUCUCCCAUAGUUUUGUGAUACUGUUAUGAUUUGUCUUUGUCAGCAAGGCAAAUAGAUAUGACUGUGAAUGCAUACAGGAAACAGAUCUGUUAAGGUGUCUUUUGUUUACAUAAUCACUUUUCUGACCAUAAGCACACCUAAAUCACUCAUAGAAUCCUAGAAAUUAAAAAUGGAAAAGACUUAAUACAUUAUGGAGACUAUCUCCCUGCUAUUUUAUGACACACACACAUACACAUACACACAAACACACACCCAGCACAACAACUAAGACUGUGUUGAGGAGAGAUAGGGAGGUUCAUUCCUAGUUGGUAUCUUCUUCAUUCAAAGCCUCAGUUCUUGUUUAUCUUAUCCCAUCAUCUCAGAUAGCACCAGCACUUGACAGCAGCAUCAACUUUUCAGCCGUAAAUGUAGGCAUUCUCCUACAGACCCUAUCACUGAAUAGCUGACCUCUAGGAAGUGCUAUGAGUGGAAAAGAUCAGUGUAGUCUGUGUAUUCUCUCCAUGUUCCUGUCAUCAUCUUUGUCAUAUUUCCAGGCUCCAUUAAGGGCCCUGAGGUUGGUUAGUGUGGAACUUGGAUUUCUCACAUGGUUGUGUAAUGUAGUGCAAGCAUCCCAAGCCAUCAGUCUGGCCAAAGAUACUUGCUGUUUCAUUAGAGGUCUUAUGUGGAUACAGAUGUCAUUGCAAAUGUUUUCUGUUGCUUAUAAAAUUUUUGUCUUUCAGACUGAAA